GCAAAUAGGUAAGGCAAUAAGAAGAAAAAUAAGGAAAGGGCAAAAGCAAAGAAUCACGCCAUAUCCAUUUUCUCUUUUUAAACCCUAAAGUUUCGGCUUCGAAUUCGAUUCAUUUCGCUCUACCCAAGCUUAGAGAACACCGAUCUAACGGUUCAUCCAUGGCGGAAGUGGUGAGCAAGGUGGCCGGCGUUGCGUUCUCGCCGUCGAGUACGUGUUUUAGAUCGGCGGCUCGUCGGUAUAGUCAGCGUGUAGUUUGUAGUUUUCCGGUUGGACCUGCUGCGCUUUCGCGUGCUGGAUCCGAUGUCCAGUCUUUGAAGCUCCGAUGCGGAGCUCUGAAUUCACCGAACACAGAUUUUGACGGCCGUGCUGUAGACAUCGCAACGAAGGUUUCCCAAGGAAAUGGACGAAAACAGAUGAGCACUGGAAUCGGGAAAGCUCAAAGAUGGUGGGAGAAAGGGCUUCAACCAAACAUGAAAGAGGUGGCUGGUGCGCAAGACCUAGUAGACUCUCUUAAGGUUGCCGCUGAUAAACUGGUGGUGGUUGAUUUCUUUUCCCCUGGUUGUGGUGGAUGUAAAGCCCUCCAUCCCAAGAUAUGCCAGUUUGCAGAAAUGAACCCAGACAUACAGUUUCUGCAGGUGAAUUAUGAGGAGCAUAAGUCAAUGUGUUAUAGCCUUAAUGUACACGUUCUACCCUUCUUUCGCUUCUAUAGAGGAUCUGAAGGCCGUGUUUGUAGCUUCAGCUGCACUAAUGCCACAAUCAAGAAAUUCAAAGAUGCAAUUGCCAAACAUGGGACACAUAGUGGAUCUGGCAAUGUGGGACCUGCAAAGGGGCUGGAGGAGAAAGAGCUUUUGGCACUAGCAGCUAACCGGGAUCUCUCCUUCAAUUACACUCCGAAAUCGGAAGAACAAGCUCAACCACUUUCUGCCCCGUCAGUAGCUGUGGUCUCUGAAUUCCAAUUUCCUUCUUCUCCACUGAUCAAUCAACUCUCCAAAGGCACCGAGGAUAGGUCUUUUAUUUCCUCCUCCGGCAGGUGAUGAUUAGAAGAUGGUGUGGACACUUGUGUAAAUAUAUAUAUAUAUAUAUAUCUAGCAGCUAUUCUUCUAUAGAAGGAUUAAUUAAUAUGUAGUUUGGGGCAUUGGAUUUUUUCUAACCAAUGCCUCCUCCCCUCCAUGUAGGAGAGGUUAGGGGAAUUUCGGUGGCUUUGAUCCCCCCAUCAGGAGGGUAGAUAUGAAUGCAUUAAAGCAUUGUUUCUAUUCCCCUGGGUUUUUCUCCCUUUUUCCUGUGGAGAUUAGCCAGCCGUGUAUCAGACAACUUUACCUAUGUAUCUGCAGCAUAUACUCUUAGAAGACUAAUUAAUGUUGCCCUGCUUGGUCUAUGAAGAGAUGAUAUAAUAAAUUUUGCAGUAUUUUGAAGUGUAUUAAUAAAUUUUCUUAAUCUUCUUCAGUCAGUCGAGGUAUUUUUGGUUUGAGGUUUUUGGACUCAUUUACUUGAAGGAUAAGGGGAUGUGUUUAUGUUGGCUGUACCGAAUGCAAGUUUGAUAUUCUUUAUACACGAGUUUGAUGUUCUUUGUACACGAUAUACUACGUAUAUGAUUGGUCAUAAUCUCA